CGUAGCACAGAGACAGCUUCAUCUACUGACGCGUACACCACCACAGUAGGUUGUUUACCUGCGGCUGAUUAUUUUAACAAAAAUCAUAAUGGACGGAAACAUUUGCAACAUCCAGGUUCUCCUUCGGGCGGCUGAGUUUCUGGAGAGAAGAGAGCGAGAGGCAGAACAUGGAUAUGCUUCAGUCCUUCCUCUCAGUCCAGAUAACUCUGACAAAAGAAGCAAACAGAAGAGCAAGAAGAUAUCUGCUGCUGGUGGCAAUAGGUCGGUUCACAACGAGCUGGAAAAAAACAGGCGAGCUCAGCUGAGGCACUGCCUGGAGCAGCUCAAGAAGCAGGUCCCUCUGUCAUCUGACUCAAUGAGGAACACCACGCUCAACCUGCUGAGACGAGCCCAACUUCACAUAAAGAAGCUGCAGGAGCAGGAUGAGCGUGCAGAGCAGCUGAAGGGCCGCCUGCGCUGGGAGCAGAGGGAGCUGCGGGUUCGGCUGGAGCAGCUGCAGAGAGGCACAGAGAGGAUGAGGAACGACAGUCAGGGGUCGACCAUGUCGUCCGAGAGGUCGGACUCUGACAGAGAGGAUGUGGAGGUUGAUGUGGAAAGCAUCGUGUUCGACUGCGUGGACUCUGACGGACUGAGCAUUACACAUACUGGUGCAGACCACUGUUACUCCAGCAUGGACAAAGCCUGGCUAUGACAGCAGUAAACCUACGGAAACUCAGUAAAUGUCACCAGGAUCGGGAAGAGGAGAAAAACAUUCCAAAAAAAAAAAAAGCCAACGGAAGAGAGAGAAUGGAGAAAGAUGUUACUGUACAACCGAACACAUUUUUUUUUUAUACAGAGGAAGUAACUUGACAUUCUCCUUUCAAAAUAUGUCGAAAAGCUAAACGAUAAUGAAUGAGCUGUGUCCAUUUGCACUGAAUAGCAGUUAAAAUCACUGGGCUGGGAUGGAUGUAACAUUACGCGCAUAUAUUUUCUGGCAUCAACCAUCAGUGGCAUUUCUUUGCUAAAACACGAGGUGUCUGUAACUCACAAUGACUCAAAACAGUUCCACUCAUACAUCUUUAAGGGCUUAUUCAUUUGUCUUUAAGAACUUUUUAAAAAUCCAAAUAAGGGCUUUUUAAUCAAACCUCUUAACUUAUUCUUUAUUACAGUAUGUCUAAACUGAAUUCUGCCUUAAAUCAGAUUUAGUCUGGUAUUUAAUACAUCUUUUUCUUUAGCACUAAGUUCAUAUUCCACAUGUAACAUGCACUUAAACAUUAUUCUGUGCUAUGUUUUGUAUUAUUGUCCUUUUAUGUAAGCUCAGUCAUGUAUUUCUCUUCUGUUGCACAAAACGUCCACACUUAGCACUUGUUUUGUUUCAAAAGGAUUGUGAGUAUAUCAAAAUGAGAACAAUUAACUGAAAUUAACUGGUCAUAUUUGCACAUUGAUAUCUGGCAGUUAUAUUACUCUGGCAAAUAUUCUUUUUUUCUUUCCACAUUUCAGUCUGUGAUUAAGUGCAAGAACUUUGAUACUUGUAUUAAGGAUAAAAUGUGAGAGCAUAUGGAGAGGCAUGAUGACAGUUCCAGUGGUAUUCACCGCCAAUAUUAACUGGUGUGCUUCUUAGAGGUGUUCAUUAUCACAACCGUACACUUCAUUGCUUGUGCAUUUGUCAAUAUUGAUGUCAAUUAUGCAUGACACAAAUUUGCCACAGUCAGGCAGGUAAUGUCUACUUGUAGUAAUUAUGCAAAUGAUGCUGUAUUACAAGUAUGUAUCAUAUUCAUUGCUAUAUAUUUAAUAACUGAAGGUGCUUUUUCUGUACUUUUGUAUAUGCAAGAUGCCUUAUUACCUUUUAAUAGUAUGUAUGCAUUCAUCUGUCUCUCCGCCCAGUAAUAUAAUGUAGCAUUUUUGUACUGGUGUAAGCUUUUUUUUAUUGAAU